UGACAAAAACGAUCUGAGUUCAGAGAAUGUUCUCGGGAGUCCUCGGAGGCUGACCUUGACUUGAGUCUCGCGCCACCCACCAUCCCUCCCGCCACCCAAAGUAUUCGGGACGUUGGCCCAUCCACGCGCCGGAGCGCCAAUUGGCAUCGACCAAAGCUAAGAAAGCUUCUCAGCGGCGCACGUUAAAUAACGCGAGAUAUUCCCCGGCGGCCAACCGAACCCCGUCGUCUUUCCCGCGGCUUCCCGAUGAUGCGAAGCCCCGCGCCGGCGUCCGGCAGCCGGCGACCAAGCGCCGCCAGCCGGAACACUAGCACCACCAGCCGGAAGUCCCAGGACAGCUGGGACAUCUAUCGGAGCUCCGGCUCCUCGGUCUCAUCCGGCGGCUGCAAGCCGUCGUCGUCGUCGUCCGGCCGGAACCCGGUCAAGAUGGCCGCCUGGGCGAUCGGGUCCUGCUUCGGCCCGCCGGGGGUGAGGUCGGAGAAGGACGAUUUCUCGGAGAAGGACUUCAAGCGGCCUUCUCUCACCCAAUCGCGUAGUGCUUAUGGAAGCUCUCGUGGAAGCUCUUAUGCUACUGACAUGAGACGAUCGGGCAAAGGAAUAUAUAGUAGUAAUUCAGGAAAUACUUUCCAAAGAGAGCCUGGACGUAGGGCAUUCACCAUGGCGGAGAUCCAGAAAGCGACUAAGAAUUUCUCCCCAGCUUUGAAGGUUGGACAUGGUGGCUCUGGUAUAGUCUAUAAAGGCAAACUAGAUGAUGGCACACUUAUUGCAGUUAAGCGUGCCAAAAAGAAUUUGUAUGAUAACCAUCCAAGCAUGGAAUUCCAGAGUGAGAUUCAGACUUUGGCACGUGUUGAGCAUUUGAAUCUGGUCAGGUUCUAUGGGUAUUUGGAAUAUGAGGAUGAGAAGAUUAUUGUUGUUGAAUAUGUUCCUAAUGGAACUCUUCGAGAACAUCUUGACUGUCAACGUGGAAAACCUUUGGACCUUGCUGCACGGCUGGAUAUUGCAAUCGAUGUUGCUCAUGCUGUUACAUAUCUUCAUAUGUAUUCAGAUCAGCCUAUCAUUCAUAGAGAUAUUAAAUCCUCCAACAUUCUUAUAAUGGAUAAUCUCCGUGCUAAGGUUGCUGAUUUUGGGUUUUCACGACUUGGUGUGUCUGAGUCUGGAGUUACCCAUGUUUCGACACAAGUAAAAGGGACUGCAGGCUAUCUAGAUCCAGAAUAUCUUAGAACUUAUCAGGUCACAGAGAAGAGCGAUGUCUUCUCAUUUGGUGUAUUGCUGGUGGAAUUACUAUCUGGGAGGCGCCCCAUAGAAGCACAAAGGGAUCUCAAGGAACGGGUUACAGCAAAAUGGGCAAUGAAGAAAUUUACGGAAGAUAAUGCAAUACAAAUAUUGGACCCAAAUCUAUCACCAAGCCCUGCCACCUAUCUGGCAGUGGAACAGAUACUUGAGCUCGUAUUCCAGUGCUUAGCUCCAGAGAGACAGAGAAGGCCCAGCAUGAGGAGGUGUGCAGAAAUCUUAUGGAGCAUACGUAAAGACUACAGAAAAUUGUCGUCUCUGGAUUCAUUCUCCCAGCCAUCCUAUCAAAGGAAUACUUCUCUUUACCACAACAAGAAAGAGAAGAGCUGAUGAGGUGAAAUUUUAUGUUGUGGAAGAUCUAAUUUACUUUUGAAGAAGUUCAGAAUGUCAAGUUUGGGAUCACUCAAAUGUGGCAGCGGAUCAGAUCUUCUUGCUAUUUAGUGUUUGACUAGCAUCAACAUGUUUUUUUUUCCUUUGGGGAAUUGUACUCAUGGUACGUAGGGAAGGCAAUUGCAUAUGCCUUCUUUAUAGGAAGUUUUUGUUUAUGUUUGUUGAGUAGGGAGGUAUAACUAUGCCAAUUCUGCUUGGUAUUUUUUCCCUUGUGAUCUGUUACCAUAAUGGAGGAGGUAUAUAAUGAAAAUAAAAAAGCCGUAUAUUUUCUGUA